AUGUUUUUAGUACUUUCGCUGCAUUUAAAAAUAUUGUGUUCAUGCUUACAACUGUUACCUAUAUUUUCAUGGGCAGAUCACAUUGUAGUCCGUACAAAUUAUGGAGCAGUCAGUGGGAAACAGAAGUACAUACACGGAAAAAAUGUCUAUCAAUUUCUUGGAAUUCCUUUUGCAAAGCCGCCCAUAGGUGACCUGCGUUUUCAGUACCCAAAGCCACCAGACCCAUGGAGCAAUAUACUUGAUGCUACUAAACCGCCGAACACCUGUAUGCAACCUUUACCCGAAUCCCAGGAAUUCAACGAUGCUACAACACGUGUCUGGCUGAAUACAACUGAGAUGAGUGAAGACUGCCUUUAUUUAAAUAUUUGGACAAAAGCGAACAACAAUAAUUAUACACAGGAUGCAAUUAUUGGUGCCAGUGAACAUAGUCCUCUGAUGCUUGAAAGCAGUGCUGUUUUCGGUCCGAAAGGUGGACGUCCUGUGAUGGUAUGGAUACAUGGAGGAAGUUUAACUCGUGGUUCUGCAUCAUUAGAAAUGUACAAUGGAGCUUAUUUAGCUGGAAAAAUGAAUGUUGUUGUUGUCAGCAUACAGUAUCGUUUAGGGCCAUUAGGUUUCUUGUAUUUAGGCAAUACUGAGAUACCUGGUAAUCAAGGCUUAAUGGAUCAAGUGGCUGGUUUACAAUGGAUACGUGAAAAUAUUGCCUAUUUCGGAGGGAAUCCACAACAAAUUACACUUUUUGGUCAUUCCGGUGGUGUUGUCUGUGUUGCACUACACCUAAUCUCACCGAUAUCCAGUAAUUUAUUUCAACAGGCAAUAUUACAGAGUGGUUCACCGCUAGCCUGGUGGGCUGUUGAAAGUUCUCACACAGCAUUAGAAAAGGCGCGUUUACUAGCCCAUUUGAGUGGAUGUAAACUUAUCUCGGAUAUAAACGGUAAUAAUGCUAAAGAACUAAUCCAAUGUCUAAGAAGUGUUGACUCUGAAACACUGGUUAUCAAUCAAUGGCAUAUGCAUUUAUUACGUAAUGGAGAGAAUUCUUCACGAAUUAUGCAAUUGAAACGAUUAUAUCGAAAUAGAGCAAGUCAUCAUCUCUUAAGUACUGCUGGUUAUUACUUUGAUGUUCCGUUUAAACCAGUAGUGAGUGCACCAUUUCUUCCGGAAUGGCCAUAUGAAGUAUUAGGCUCAGGUAAAUUGAAUAUUCGGCAUCGUAUCAUGUUGGGAGUGAACAAAGAUGAAGGUAUUUUUCAUUUAGUCCAGAGUUUAAGAAUGUAUUUCAUGUCACCUGGAUUAUGGCCACAAAUGCCAAAAGAAUUUCGUCAUGAUACAGCAUUAAUGGAUCCGUUAGAUUUGCUUGCCUUUUAUAUUAUGGAUGAAAAUUUUCUUCAAUCAGUUCUUCUUCAAGCCACUGUAUUUGAAUAUCAAAUUCCUAGUCGAGCAUUAGGAACUGAUGGUUGGACAUCUUUGGAAGUUGUUAAAGCUUUGAAUGAAGUUGGCGGUGAUUAUAAUAUAAAGUGUCCAGUAGUUGAAUUCGCUGAUUUCUAUUCACGUGGACCAAAUGCACAGGUAUUUCUUUAUUCAUUUGAACAUCGUACAUCUGGUUUAACAUGGCCUGAAUGGACUGGUGUUAUGCAAGGCUAUGAAGCUGAAUACAUUUUUGGUGCUCCAUUCAAUCAAGCCUUCACAGAUACAUUUUAUAAUUUUACACAUGAUGAAAAACGACUCAGUGAAGAGAUGAUGAGAUUUUGGACAAAUUUCGCUUCGACAGGGUCACCAAAUUUGAAUCCUGGAGAAUUUCAUACACGUAAUAAAGAACUCUACUGGGAUAGAUAUGAAACUCAUUCACCACAAUCUGUAGCAAUUCUCAGCGAAACAUCAUCUUCAUCAUCGACAGCAGAAUCUCUAGGAAUAUCUUCAUCUGAAUUGUCUGCAUCUGAAAUAUCCGCUUUGACAACAAAAAUUGAUGAUUCGCGUAAACAUAUGAUUUUUACACUACCACGUUCUUAUAUGAGUAAAAAUCUACGUAGACAUCAGUGUAUGUUUUGGCGUGAACAACUUCCGAUGCUGAGAGAACGAAUUUUAUACAACUCUGCUUGUAGAUCCAGCCAACAUGUUGCAGCACAGCAUGGUACAGAUGAGCUUAAUUAUCGCCAACCAUCGAUUGGUACAUUAUAUCCAAAUGUUAUGAAGCCUUUUGAACAAAAUCAGUCAAGAAAUCAAGCAGCUCACCGUCUUAACUACUUAAUAAGCAUAAAGAUCAACUUUAUUCUCAUUUUAUUGUUUACAUUGGUUGUGAAUUACAAAAGAUGGUUGUGA